GGAUACAGGACAGGAUUCUGAAUCUGGCGGCAGCCCACACAGGGGCGGGAUUAGCAAUACUACGCAGUUCCGGCUCCGGUUGCCUAUGGAAUCCACGUGAAGGAAGAGAAAACGCGUGAGUUUAGCCCGGUUAGAAUCAGACAUGGGGGAGUUUAAGGUCCACUGUGUCCGGUUCUUUGACUAUGUCCCAUCUGGAGUGCGUUGUAUGGCCUUUGCAGAAGAUACCAACAAGUUGGCCCUUGCUCGAAAUGAUGGUUCUGUGGAAGUUUUCAGUUUUUCCUCUUUUUACUACCAGGAAAAGGUGAUUCCUGGUGAUGAGAGUAGAUCCAUAGAGUCAAUAUGCUGGGCAGCUGGUAAUAGACUUUUCACUGCUGGUCUGAAUGGAGAGAUUAUAGAGUAUGACCUUGAGAAACUUUGUGUUAAAUACACACUGGAUGCAUAUGGUGGUCCCAUAUGGAAUAUUGCAGCUAAUGCCUGCAGUACACAUCUUGCGGUGAGCUGUGAGGAUGGCUCUGUUAAGUUGUUCAGCAUUACAACUGACCAUAUUAAGUUUGAAAGGAACUUGGACCGACAGAAAGGUCGUUUACUCUGUGUUGCUUGGCACCCCCUUGGUACUCACAUUGUCACUGGCUCUGUCAACAAGAUUCAAGUUUUUAAAGCCUCCUCUGGUCACCUAGAGCAUGUCCUGAAGCUUGAUAGCCGGCCAUUAGCUGGACAGAGACGUGAAUGUGUGGUGUGGAGUGUGGCAGUAUUAUCCAAUGGAGAUAUUAUCAGUGUGGAUUCUUCAGGGAAACUCCAGUUCUGGGAUUUAGAGAAAGGGACACUGAUUCAUACACAUUCAGUGGCUAACUGUGACAUCCUGUCACUUGCAGUGUCAAAGGCAGAAGACAGCUUGGUGGUGGGCACUGCUGAAGGUGUUGUCUUCCAGUUUCAACAUAUAGCUUCGAAGGCAGGUGAAUGUGAGAGACAGUGGGUGCGCACCAAGCCGUUCCGCUAUCAUACACAUGAUGUAAGAGCAGUGGCACACAGCAGUACCGCCAUCAUAUCCGGAGGUGUAGAAGGUCAUCUUGUUAUACGUUCCCUUAUGGAGAAGAUAGAAGUAAAAUCUUAUGAAGCUGCAUUGAGAAAAAUCACAUUCCCUCAUUAUCAUUUGGUAUCCUCUGCACAAAAAGCUGGACAAUUGCUUUUCCAAUUCCCAGAACACCUGGAACUCUGGCAGCUGGGAAACACAGACAUUUCAGGAACAGAUGGGGAUGUCCUCCCUGUGAAGAAGAAACAAGAACUUAUUUUAAAGCUUAAAAGAAAGGGUUCAGAGAGUAUUCGUUGCAGCUCUGUUUCUCACUGUGGGUCCUGGAUUUGCUACGCCACCUCCUCACAGCUUUACUUGUAUCGGCUGCAAUAUGAAAAGGAAAGCGUGAGUCUAAGCCGGGUACACAAACUCCCUCAACUCCCAUCUGCAGCCUUAAAACUGUUGUUCAGCCCGAACUCCAAGAGACUUUAUGUUGGAUCAGAAGGAGGAUGUGUGCAUGUUAUGGAGAUCUCAGAUGGCACUUGCAAACUUGGUCCAACCCUCCAGCCUCCUUCAGAAUCCACAAACCGUUCUUUGAGUUCUGUACAUCUCAUGGCUGCGAGUAUGAAUGGAAGCUACUUGGCAGUGGCUGCCCCCAGCUCUCAGAUAGAUGUCUACAACACACAGUUAAUGAAGUAUGAGUGUUCUGUUCCUCGGUACAGCUGUCCUCCUAGUGCACUUAGUAUCCACCCAACAACGGAGAACCUUGUGAUUGCUUAUGCAGACCGUCUGAUGGAGUUCAAUAUAGCACAACGCCAGUACACAGAGUGGGGCAGAAGAGUCCUCAAGAAUGGUCUUCAUCGUGAUUGGCUUGAGCGAGACACACCCAUUCUUGACAUUUGUUUUAAUCCAUCAAGGCCUGAGGAUAUACUGAUGCAUGACAACUACAUGUUCUGUGUCUUGGACAAAUCACUGCCACUUCCAGAUGACAAAACACCACUUCUCAACCAGAUUACAAUAAAACAUCUUUCUGAGAGCGAACAAAAGAGCCGAGCACAUGCUUUUAAGAUUACAAAGCGGUUUCAGCCACUCAUGUUUAUGGACUUGCUCAGUAAUGGAGAUCUGGUUCUGGUAGAGAGGCCUUUCAGUGACAUUGUAGCUAACCUGCCACCUCCAAUGAAACAGAAGAAGUUUGGAACUUAAACAUUUACACAGUUUUCCAAAUCCCUUUCACCUCAGUGUGACUAUACAAAUGCUUGCUCAGCCAAGCUUGCUUGCCUUCAUGUUGGAGUUGUAUUCUUACAUCUACCCCCCCCAAUUCCACCUGAGGAAGAAAAUGUUUUUGUGCUUUCGACAGGACAAAAAAAGCAAGAAUGGGUUGAAGACAUUUAUAAGAACAAGAAUGUAAUGGAGACGUUUAAAAUAGGACUUUUGAGUGCAUCCACAGCCUUAACAUUUCCCUAAAAAGUUUUAUAGGACCUUGUGGAAAAACUGCUUUUUUGUGUUGUGUUCUUUUUCCUACAGUGUCAGUAAAUAUCUCAUAUUUAUAUUUUUUUAUCUCCAGCCAUCAGUAAAUAUUUUAAUGUUUCCUGUUCUUUAAAAAUAUGAUGCUUGUAAAAGUAUAGAAUGAUAAUAUACACAUUAUAAUAGAGAUGGUGGCCUGAAAUUUGAAUCAAAGAGGUGUUGGAAUGCCAACAUUUCCUACCCUACCUAAUUUCUGCUUUUAUUAAGAUUGACAUUGAUGUUAAUUGAAUUAUUGAAAUAUGAGGACAAAAGGCAAAAUAUACCAUUUUGGCAUUUAGACAAAAA